AUGGUCCCGCCAGCGAAAGUCGCGCGCGCCGGGCCCCGCCGCGUGCGCGGAUUCCGCAAGCCGCCGCCAGGCUCCGACUCCCUGCGCAGCGUUGCAUCCCUUCCCACCCCUCCGCACCGCCACCCCGCCCACCGCGCCCCCGACCUGCGACCUUCAGAGCUGCAUCCCUGGCUAGCGGCCAGAUGCAGAGCCCACCUCGACGCCAACGAUUCCGAUCGGAUGAUAUAC